CGGCACCUUUCCGUCGUCGGCAAUCACGAGUAACGAGCCUCCAUUCCGCUCUGUUGCUCAGCCAGUCGCAGACACGGAUACACGGCCACCGCUUUCUCCUCCUCCGCCGCCGGCCGCCGUUCACACAGACGUGCUUCGCAACUUUCCGAUUUUGGCCGGUUGAUUGAUUGAAUUUCAGUGCUUGGUCCAGGGAAAUGAGUUCAAGAACACUACAAGCUGCAAAGGUGUAUCGGGACCUUCUGAAAUCCAUCAGAAAGAACAUUGAGAAGGAAGGGUACAAGAGCCACUUCGGAGAAUUCGUGACGCAGGAGUUCAGGAACAGCUCUAAUCUCUCAACAGAUCAAUCAUGUAUACAGCAGAAAAUCAAGCUCGCCCGUGAUUACACUUUCCUACUCAACAGUGUCCAGCAUCACAAGGAUCUGCUGAUUUCUUACAACAUUGCGGUGGAUAGGUCUGAUGAGAUGAAGAAAGUUCUAGGGAAGUCUGCAGCUAGUGUUGGUCUUCAGCUUCCUGAUGUGUACCAGGCUUAGAUACCCUGCCUUUGCCGUCUUCUCCUCCUCCUCCUCCUUUUUGGGUUUCUCAAGCAUCUGACUUCUCCCAGCGAUGGUAGUAUACACAGUUUUACAAUGUGAACCAAUGACUAUAAUGUCCUGUCUUGGUUUGUUUGUUCGUCAAGAUUCAAUAAUAAUAUUGUGCAGUAUGAAUUGUGACCAUGUAUUCUGAUUAGAUCCUGAUGUUACUUACUGCAAAUCUGCCAGCUUUCAUUCUCUAUCUUCACUG